GGGGCCAGGACCGCGCGCGGCGGAGCCCCGCUGCCCCCCCGCGCUCUGCCGCCCGCCCGCCCCUCACCCACCCGCCCGCCGCCCAACAAGGAGCCGAGCGCCGGGAGCCGGAGCCUGCGCGGGGCCGCGGGACCCGGCCGGAGCAGGGCCGUUCCCGUGGGGUCUCCUCGCUCGGCUGCUCGCCGCCGCGUCCCCCCCGAUGGCCACGCCUGACGUCAGCGUGCACAUGGAGGAGGUGGUCGUGGUGACGACGCCCGACAACGCGGUGGAUGGAAGCGGCGUGGAAGAGGUGAAAACUGUGCUCGUGACCACCAACCUCUCUCAGCAUGGCGGUGACAUAAAUGAAGACACUCUGGAGACGGAAAAUGCAGCCGCUGCGGCUGCCGCUGCCUUUACAGCUUCCACGCAUCUGAAAGAAGCCGUCUUAGAAGUGAAGAUGGCUGAAGAUGAAGACAGUUUGGAGGCAGAGAUUGUUUACCCUAUCACCUGCGGAGACAGCAAAGCCAACCUGAUAUGGCGAAAAUUUGUGUGCCCGGGGAUCAACGUGAAGUGUGUGCAGUUUAAUGAUCACCUAAUUAGUCCCAAAGAGUUUGUCCACUUGGCGGGCAAGUCAACCCUAAAGGAUUGGAAGCGGGCGAUCCGGAUGAAUGGGAUCAUGCUCCGGAAGAUCAUGGACUCUGGAGAGCUGGAUUUCUACCAGCACGCUAAAGUCUGUUCGAACACGUGCCGAAGCACUAAAAUUGACCUGACUGGAGCCAGGGUGUCUUUGACCAGCCAGACAUCAACAGAGUAUAUUCCUCUCACUCCUGCUUCUGCAGAUGUGAAUGGAUCCCCGGCUACAAUUACCAUAGAAACCUGCGAGGAUGCCAGCGAUUGGACCACGAGCAUUGGAGAUGAUGCUUUUGCUUUCUGGCGAGGGCUGAAAGAUGCAGGUGUUCUGGAAGAAGUAAUCCAUGAGUUCCACCAGGAGCUAGUGGAGACCAUAAAAGGCUUGCGGGAGCGAGCACAAGAUCCCCCGUUGCAGCUCAGCGAUGCCGUUCUACUCAACAACAUAGUCCAGAACUUUGGCAUGCUGGAUCUGGUCAAGAAGGUCCUGGCUAGCCACAAAUGUCAGAUGGAUCGCUCGAGAGAACAGUAUACGCGGGAUUUGGCAGCUUUGGAGCAGCAGUGUGAUGAGCACCGCAAGCGGGCGAAGGAGCUGAAGCACAAAUCCCAGCAUCUCAAUAACGUACUGAUGACUCUAACUCCAGUCUCUGUCCCGACACCUUUAAAACGUCCCAGGCUUACCAGGGCCACGUCUGGGCCAGCUGCCAUAACCUCCCAAGUCCUGUCCCAGCCGGCGCAGAUUGCAGUGGCCCCAGGAGUGCCGGUCUCUCAGCUUGCCAACCUCCCCCUCAGCAAAGUGGUAUCGGCACUUCCAACGUCCGUGCUUGCAAAAAGCCCGUCGCAGCCUCCGGCGGUGAGCUCGCCCGCGUCGCCGCUCCUGGGGGGAUACACCGUGCUGGCCUCCGCGGGCUCCGGCUUCCCCAGCGCCGUGGAGAUCCACCCGGACGCUUCCAACCUGACGGUGCUCAGCACAGCUGCCAUCCAGGACGGCAGCACUGUCGUCAAGGUCGUGAGCCCCUUCCAGCUGCUCACCCUCCCGGGACUCGGCACCGCCAUCCAGAACGUGACGCAAAUGGCUCCCGGGGGGAGCACGAUCGUGACCGUGCCGUCGGGCGCCGUCGAGGGUGCCGCGGCGGCAGACGAACACACCACCACCAUCGAGGUGACCACAGUGGCCGACGAGGUGGAGCAGAAGUGACACGGGGACUCGCCUGGAGGGACGUUUUCUGUGACACUCUGGGUGGAACUGCCUUUUCUCUGUCUGCGCUGAGGGAGGAGGGAGCAGUGUAACGAGGGCACAGGUUAACGAGACUGAGAAUGGCUGAAAUCGGUAAUAAGGAGAUUCAAGUCAGAGGAGAGAGAAAGAGGGGGAGGAAAGAGACCCAAAGAAGGGAAAGGCAAAAUGCUCUGCCCUGUUUGGAGAGGAAAAAAAAGGCUUAAGUCUUAAAGCUUUCCUCCCCUAUUCUCUUGGAAUACUUAUUCCAUUUCUAGCUUGUUAGCCCUGCCUUAUCUCUAGACUUCUUAGCUGGGACAGUGUGUGUUAAAGCAGACAGGAGCAGGGUCGCAGGGCAAGGAAGCAGAGGCAGUAGCAAAAGAUUAAGAAAGUCCUAGAGCAGGCGCCGAGCAGGUGCAGCUCUGCACGCUGCGGCGCGGUGGCUGCGGGUCUGGCGUGAGCCGAUGGCGCAUGCAGGACGAGCCGGGGCUGCUCUCCCGGCCCAGGAGAGGGCUGCGUGGGGGGACGGGGUGGCGGAAGGAGAGGGUGCCCCGGGGGCCUGAGCGAGCCCCAACGGGUGGUCUGGGGGACACGCGUGGGCGUGAAGCUGCGGCUGGGAAGACCCUCUGUGCGGUGGCUGCGGGUCCUGUUAGGUUGGAUCUGGAUGGCUUCAGUGCCUCGUCCGUGCUCGCUAAGCGAGGUUUCCUCCUGAGGAGCACCGUGUGUUUCCCAGGUCUGGUCAGCGAAGGAGGCGGGAGAGAACUGUUACAGGUUUGGGGUUUUGGUUCCGUGAAGAGAACAGACAAAUCCAAAGACCCAGGAAAAGCUGUAACUUCUGAGGAUUUAGGGUCUCUUUCUAUUUUUCUCCAAAAACCCAUUCUCUGGGAUUUUAAAGCAAAUUGUGUAGCCCUUCUGGUUGUGAAGAUACUGCUAUAAGGCAGAAAUGUACUGUUGAAUGUGCAGAAAGACUAAUUAAACAAUAGCACUCUGAGAAGUUUGCACUUCUUAACAAGGUUCAACUCUAAAGCCCAACUGCCCCGGCAUCAGGCUGGUCCUCUGGUCACGAGCACCUCGCCGGGCGCCUCUUCCUCGGGUGGCUGGGUGCUGUCGUUCUCUCCCGCGUGGUUUGCAAAGAUGUUCUGUGGGCCGCAAGGUUUGAAACACCAACGUGGAAUAUUUGAAUCGCAAAUAUUCUUUUGAUGAUUCAACUUGCGGCAAGUCUCACAACUGUUCCUGUUUUAAGACAUGCAUACGCUGUAUGUGUGCGAAGCGAUGUUUACACUGUCUCCAGCUAAAAGGAGUUGGGUGCUUGAAGUGUGGGUUUUCUAUAACUUGAUCUGGCAGCAGCAGCAAUGACAGGUCACUUUAAUGAGCUAAUAAAUAUUUUUUUGAAAGAG